AUGCCUGAUGACGAUAACAAGAUCUAUGGCCCGAGCCAGCUGCGCGUGUUCAAAACCCAGCUUGUGCUCUCGUUGGCCAUUGGGUCGUCGAUGUUUUUACUCUUCUGCUUCUUGCGAAGGAAAUGGCCUCACAUGUACGCGGUUCGAACCCUACGAAAGCGUCUGAUCAAGGAGAGAUCGUUGCCCAAUGACUUAUUCAUGUGGGUGUUGUCGGUAUGGGCCAUCACUGAGAAUGAUGUGCUCGAAUGCCUGGGACUUGAUGCCUAUGCCGUUCUCACGUUCUUCAAGAUGGGCGUCUACAUAUUUUUGCUUCUAGCGCUUUGGGGGCUGUUGGUGUUGAGUCCCGUACGCUAUAUUUACACAGGCAGCUACGACAAGGAUAACAUAGAAGUAGCUCAAGGGUCUGCUUAUCGCGAACCGCAAAUGGGUGACGAAUUCCCCGGAUAUCUAUGGGUGUACCCUCUAUUUACCUGGAUGUUUUCGGCGAUUAUCUACUUCAAGCUCUUUGAUUUCACAAGCUCCGUGAUAAAGACUCGCCAAAAGUAUCUUGCUUCACAGGAUUCAAUCACUGACCGUACAAUCAAACUCGAAGGCAUUCCCAAAAAUUUAAUCAAGCAAAAUGAUCUGGCUCUCCUCAAGAAUUUCAUUGAAGAUUUGGGAAUCGGUCACGUAAUUGACGUCAAACUCAUUUACGAUUGGACUCCAUUGGAAACCCUCUUUGACAAGCGUCAUCGAUUGAUUUCCGAAUUGGAGAGGCUUUACUCUCGCUACUAUGGGUUGCAGAUUGACCUCUAUAAUCAGAACAGAGUGCCUCGUGUGAUUCCACAACAUGCCCCUGAGCUUCCAGUUGCGAAAUCUUCCAAGAAGACUUCUCUCAGACGAAAAAUAGAUGGGCUUGCUUCUCAGCUCAUUGCCUUGGACCAAGAGAUUGUGAAACUUCAAAACAAAUACGACCCGAGAACGUCUACAAUGCCAAUCGAUGAUGACCUGGGGUUCUCCCUAACGCCAUCGGCGUUUGUUACCAUGGACUCGGUUGCCUCCGCACAGAUGGCCGCUCAGACGGUCCUUGAUCCAAGGGUCUACAAAUUAAUGGUAUCUUUGGCGCCUGCUGCCAAAGAUAUCGAAUGGAGAAAUCUAAAACUAUCUCGGUAUGAAAAAGCGUUCAAAUCUUACAUGAUCACCUUUUUUAUUAUUUUGAGUUACUCAAUCAUAUUUUUUCUAGUGACGUCUUUAUCCACCCUUAUUGAUGUGAAGAAUAUCACGAAGGUUUGGCCUGAAUUGGGUCACAAGAUUGCGGAAUCAAAAUGGCUUAGCACUUUUGUCACUGGUAUCUUGCCCCCAAUGUUAUUUUCGAUGGUCAACGUUUUGAUCCCCUACUUUUACAAUUACUUAUCUCGCCAUCAGGGCUACGCAUCCUCGAGUGAAGUGGAGCUUUCAGCUCUACUGAAAAACUUCUUUUUCGUCUUCUUUAUUUUAUUUUUGGUUUUCACAAUCACUGGUACUUUAUGGGACUACUUCACAUCAAUCGGGGAUACAACGAGAUUUGCCUCUCAAUUGGCAAGUUCAUUGAAGAAGUUGUCGCUAUUCUAUGCUGAUUUGAUUCUUUUACAGGGUUUGGCAAUGUUUCCAGUCAGGCUUCUUCAAAUUGGUGACUUCUUCAUACUCAAUAUUGUCGGGAAGCUUUUUUUACUCAAAAAUAUGUUUCUCAAAACUCCGAGAGAUUAUCGGUUUUUUUACUUUACCCCACCAGUGUUCGACUUCGGUCUUCAACUUCCACAACACAUCCUAAUAUUUAUAAUCAUUUUAAUUUAUUCGGUCGUCUCGACUAAAAUCGUUGCCUGUGGGCUUGCCUAUUUUGUGAUGGGUCACUUUGUCUAUAAGUAUCAGUUGACCUACAGUUUUGUCCAUCCACCUCAUUCAACAGGAAAGGUGUGGCCCAUGAUAACCCGACGCUUGAUGUUCGGUCUUUUAAUAUUUCAACUUUUCAUGUGCGGUACUUUGGCAUUGGAGGGCGCUAUAUUACUUUCUGUGCUUUGCACCCCUUUGUUCGUUGUUACUCUUCUUGUUUGGUGGAACUUUGAACGGUACUAUGUACCGUUGCAUGAUUUCAUCGCCCUUCGAGCUAUACAAAGUCCGAAUAACUUUGAUAAGGAAUUCAACGAUGACUCGCUGCUGGUUGUCGCUGAUUCUCGUAGCUCUCCAUAUGAGGGAACUGCAAAUUUCAGUACCGACAGUCUCACGGCAAGAAAACCGAUGCAAUCGUCACAGACUGAUAAUGAGGGUUUGCAUGAAGCACUUUUAACACCGGAGUUCACAAAUUCACAGACUGAGAAUUCUGCUCUUCUUGAUGGAGAUUUUUCUGUGUCUUACUGCUCAGGCGCGAUACGGCACCGCCGUAAAGUUUCGACUGUCGACGAGGAAAGAGAGCAAUUUACUGACUACACUCACCCGUACUUAAGAGAUCCCUUGAACGGCCCAUGGAUUGGAUUUGACGGUGAUCAUAUCUCGAUGGUUGAAUUUCGAAGAAGACCUUCUGCAGAUGCGGAGAAUAUGGAAACCACUGAAGGUGAUGGUAAUCAAAUUAGUGAGUUCAUUAUCCGAAAGAGAAUUGAGGCGGCAGAAUGGGAGUAA